AUGGCGUUCAUGGGGAAUUUUACUCAUUUUAGCAUCAUGUUAGAGUUUAUUCCCAUCCUGCUGCCUACUGACUUACCGUACCAGCGUCUGGAUCAUCGUGUGAAGAUGCCUGUGCUGGAGAAAAAAACAUCCAAAGACAGCAAUGUUCUACCUAAAAUACCAGUACCGGACCUGCAGCAAACCCUGUCUGCGUACCUCAAGUCUGUGAAACACCUCGUCCCUGAGGCCCAGUUCCAGAAGACCAAAGCCAUGGUGGAGAAGUUCAGCAAACCAGGAGGAACAGGAGAGAUGCUCCAGAAAAAACUGCUGGAGAGGAGAGAGAAGACUGAGAACUGGGUUUAUGAUUACUGGCUGGAUGACAUGUACCUGAAGAACAGACUCGCACUUCCUGUCAACUCCAGUCCCAUCCUGGUGUUUCCCAAACAGGAUUUCAGAGACCGAGAUGACUCCCUCAGGUUUGCUGCUCAUCUCAUUUCAGGCGUGAUGGAGUAUAAAGCCAUGCUGGACAGGAGGACUUUACCCACGGAUUACGCUGGAGGUCAGCAGGCUGGUAAUGAGCUGUGCAUGGAGCAGUAUUACCAUCUCUUCACAUCGUACAGACGACCUGGGCUGAGAAAAGACUCGCUGAUCACACACAGCAGCACAGGAGCCGAGAAGAGCCCUGAACCUGGACACGUUAUCGUGGCCUGCAACAACCAGUUCUUUGUGUUAAAUCUGAUGGAGAAAUCCCAGAGGCUGAACGAGAGCGAUGUCCUAACCCAGCUAGUCAGGAUCAGUGAGAUGGCACAGAAGGUGGAGGAGAAACGUCCCCCCAUCGGCCUCUUCACCUCCGACGGCCGGACCGAGUGGGCUAAAGCUAGAGACGUACUGCUCAAAGACCCAGUGAACCGGGAGUCUCUGGAGCUGAUGGAGCGGUGUGUGUGUGUGCUGUGUCUGGAUGAACCCACUGGAGUUCAUCCCACUGACUCCAACAGAGCGCUGCUCAUGCUGCACGGCGGCGGCCAUGACAAGAACGGUGCCAACCGCUGGUACGACAAGUCCAUGCAGUUUGUGGUUGGUGCUGAUGGUGUGUGUGGAGUGGUGUGUGAACACUCACCAUUCGAGGGGAUCGUCAUGGUCCAGUGUACUGAAUACCUGCUGCAGUACAUAACCAGAAGCCCCAGUAAACUGAUGAAGAGGUCGAGUGUGAGCGAUCUCUCGGCUCCACAAAGACUUUCCUGGAAUUGUUCUUCUCAGAUCCUGAGCAUGCUGUCGUCCUCCGCGAUCAAUCUUCAGAGGCUUGUGAGAAACUUGGAUGUGGAGGUUUUCACAUUCAGAGGUUACGGCAAAGAGUUCAUCAAGAAGCAGAAGAUGAGUCCUGACGCUUACAUCCAGGUGGCACUACAGCUGGCCUUCUACAGAUGCACCAAGAGGUCGGUCUCCACCUACGAGAGCGCCUCCACCCGCCGUUUCCGUGAAGGCCGCGUCGACAACAUCCGCUCAUCCACUGCCGAGGCACUGCACUUCUCCAAAGCCAUGACAGAUGAGGGAGUGUGUGUGCAGGACUCUGAGAAGAUGGAGAGGUUGAGGAAGGCUGUAGACAUUCAGACCCAAUACACAAAGAUGGCCAUUACAGGAUUGGGAAUAGAUAAUCACCUGCUCGGGCUUCAGGAGAUUGCCAAGGAGGUGAAGAUGGAAACUCCAGACAUUUUCACAGAUGAGACGUACCUCCUCAGCAACCAGUUUAUCCUCUCUACUAGUCAGGUUCCUACAACAGUAGACAUGUUCUGCUGUUAUGGCCCGGUGGUUGCUAAUGGUUACGGGGCAUGUUAUAACCCUCAGGCUGAACACAUCCUGUUCUGCGUGUCCAGUUUCCGUGAGUGUGUGUCCACGUCAUCUCUGCUGCUGGUGAAGGCUCUAGAUCAAACCCUUAUUGACAUGAGGGAGCUGUGCAAUAGGUGUUCAACUGACAGUCAGAAAGAGGGUGGGGCUAAGCCAGCCACGCCAAAGAAGUAAGUCAUGAUAAGCUGACAGGCUAUCUUCAGAUAUCACUAAUGUCUUUGGUAUGGUUUAAUUUAAAAGGUCAAAAUAUGAUGUAUCGCCCAUUUUCUGCUGGAUAGCUUGUGAUCAAUUCUCA